ACGCUCGCGCCCGUCCGCAGUCCUCCUCGCGCCUCGGUCGUGUGUCGCUCUCGGCGCCCCCCGCCCCGCCGACGUCGCCUCGCAUUCUAGUUGUGGGUGUCGCGCCGUGCAGUCAUCGCGUGUGCCACCGAACUUAGUGCGCCGUUUGUGAGUGCUUCAGUUCCCGCGCUAGUGCCUCACUGUGCCAGGACCCGCUCCCGCCGCGGAGGAUGUUAACAGCCCACGGUAUGUUCUGAUCAAAUCGACGAAGUAAUCCGGCCAAAACCGCAAGCCACUUGUUGGAUACCGCAUCAGAAAGCACCAAAGCCAUCAACAUUUAGGCGGGUUAUAACAAAUUUGGCAAAGCCAGUUGAUGACGUCACGAGCUGCAAAGCUGUUGACGUCCGCAUAGCCAGCCCGGUUCGCUCUCGCCCCGCUCCUUCACCCCCUCCAAGAUUGCUGCCACCAUGGGUCGGAAGAAAAUACAAAUAUCUCGGAUCACAGAUGAACGGAAUCGACAGGUUACCUUCAACAAGCGCAAGUUCGGAGUGAUGAAGAAGGCGUACGAGCUGAGCGUGCUCUGCGACUGCGAGAUUGCUCUCAUCAUCUUCAGCUCCAACAACAAACUCUACCAAUAUGCGAGCACGGAUAUGGAUAAGGUCCUACUAAAAUACACUGAAUACAACGAGCCCCACGAAUCGCUGACCAACCGCAACAUCAUCGAGGCACUAACGAAGAAAGAGCAUAAGAACGGAGUAAUGUCACCGGACAGUCCUGAAGUUCCCGAAUCUGAAUACAACCUGACCCCCCGGACCGAAGCCAAAUACUCGAAGAUCGACGAGGAAUUCCAGAUCAUGAUGCAAAGGAACCAGUUGAACGGAAGUCGCGUCGGCGUUGGCGUUACCGGAAGCAACUACAAUCUGCCUGUGAGCGUGCCAGUCGGGAAUUAUGAACAGUCUCUGUUGCAAGCUAGUCCUCAAAUGCAUACCUCUAUCAGUCCACGGCCAUCGUCUUCGGAAACCGAUUCAGUAUAUCCAAGCGGCGGAAUGCUCGAGAUGUCAAACGGCUACCCAGGCUCAGGGUCCCCGCUGGGGGCGGGCUGCACCCCGUCCCCGUCGCCGGGGCCCGCGCCGUCCCCCCACCGGCACCCGCACAAGCCGCACGCGCACGCGCCGCCGCCUCACCACUCGCCGCGGCAUAAUAACUUGCGUGUCGUCAUACCUAACUCGAUGCCACCGCCCCAGGAUGAUUUAUCAUACUCUAGCGAAACACCACUAAGCUAUUCAGGACUCGGAAACUUCGGACCACAGGACUUCAGCAUGAGCUCGGACAUGGGAAUCGGACUAUCGUGGGGCGCGCACCAGCUACAGACACUACAGCACAACAGGUACAUCAGCAGCUUGCCAGUGAUCGGGGGAGGGGGGACGCCGCCGCCGGCCGCGUCGCCCAGCAACGUGAAGAUCAAGGCCGAGCCCGUGUCGCCGCCCCGCGCGCCCGACCACCUGCACCGCGCCCCGCCGGCGCCCGCGCCGCAGCCCGCCCACCUCUCCGGAGUCAUUGAUGGUGUGUACUCUAAGCCUAAUAGAGGUCUUUCGUACAUUCCAGGUUCAGUAACGUCAAGUAACAUGGGCUCGCCGGGUCAGGACAUGCGGCACGUGCCGCUAGACUACGAGCAGCCCCACACCAAGCGGCCGCGGAUCGAGGGCUGGGCCACAUAGCCCGCCUACGAGGCCUUCGGGUCGUACUCGAGGCCUUUACACCCGCACUGCUAGGCCGCCGGCGCUCCCGCCGCCACCACGAGCUUCGGACCGUCCCGUGCCGUAGAUCGUGCUCAUGGUGCUUGAUUGUGCUAACCUUCCAAAAGUCUGGAUACAAGGUGCAAAAAUCAAAGUUUUUUUCAAUUUUGGCACGGUCCACAUUGUACGCGGUACGAACAAAUCUCAUAUCAAACGAAUUUUAUCAAGUUCAAAUCGUUGAGAUUUCAUAUUGUUACGAUUUCUAUAGGAAUCGAUGUGUAAAAGAUAAUUAAAUGUUCAAUCACAACCCUUAUAGUUAAUGUAAUUCAUAAUGCACGAAGCAAGUACACACAUAAUUGUUAAGAUUUGGACAGCGUUCAGAAACAUCGCGACUUGCCUAUCGUAUUAACAGUGGGUCUGAAUGUCGUAUUUUUUUUUGUACUUAUCGACCAAAGAAUUAAAGUGUAAGUCUCAGAUUUGCAUAAUUUCUUGACCGCAUGUUUCCGAACGCAGUUCAAAGUGUUGAAGCAUAGCUACAACCCUUCAAUGUUAUACCGAUCAAUGUUACAUAUAAGUACGUAUAGAUAGAUUCUAUUCCCCUGUACAUAAAUAACAUUAAAUGUGCAAUCCGUGCCAUUGUCUGUCUAGCUUAAAAUUAGUCAAUUUAAAAUCAGUGACUUUUUAAUAGGAAUCAGAAAGUAAUUGAAGAGUGGAGGAACUAAAAGCGGUACGUGGAGUUUAGUGCGCGAUAAGACAAUUAGUGUACUAGUGAGUGGAACACUAAAUCGACUGUUGACUUUUUGUGUUAGUGUUUUAAAAAGUUUUUUGUGCCAUUUUAAAAUUAUUAUAAUAGUGUGACAUCCGAACUUUGAAUCUUGUAAAUUAAGUAAGCGUAGUGUCAUCACAGACGAUAAUAAAUUGUAAAUCUACUUUAUCUAUUGAGAUAUUUAUACAUGGAAAACAUAAUGAUAUUUACAUAAUAUGUAUACACGUCCCGUUAGGAACGAAUGUUACGUAAGUAGGUAAUGUUAGCUAGAGUCGAGUAUAUAAAGGUACCACACAAAGCUUUAAAAUUUCUUAUGAAUACACUCGCACUUUUAAGCACUUGUAAUUAAACAAACACAGUAAAUAUAUGGAUAUAACACAGAUUUGUAUCACUUCUAGUGACAUACGCAUCGUAUUUUUUAAAGCUUUUAUUUUCGAACCAUAAAAGUGUUUACUUUUCUCAGGCAAGUUUUCUGAACAUAUUUAAUCAGGAUUUUAUUCUUUGUGCGGGUUUCUAAUUUUCAGACCAAAAUUUUAUCGAGUCAAUUUUAUGAACUUAUCAUAACCAUUUUAAUAUAAUUAAUAUACUGUAGUUGAUGUUUUGAUUCCACGCAAAAAGAAUUAACAAUAUUGGUUAUGAGAAUUAUGAAUACAAAACUCAGCGGGUUUCAAUAGAUUUUUAGACCAACCUACUUCAAAAUGUUGAAUAAUUCGCCGUAAAUAUGUUCGAACUAAUAUUUCGUUUUUAUAUUCAUAAUUCAUACCUACUCUUCUGUCUGGAAUUAAAAUAUUUACUAUCUACUUGUUAUGUAUAUUGACAUUGUAUUAUUGGGUAUCGUCAGUGACUAAAGGAAACAGCAAGGUUGUUGUUAGUACAUGUUUUAUUUUGUUAAUGUGAUCUGAAGUUUUUUUUAUGCUACUUAAUUUAAUUUAACAAAUUGUAGUAGUAGCUAUGAACAAAUGGAGAAGGAUAAACGGAUCUUUGAUGUUAUAGAUGCGAACACAAUUAUAAUUAAUGGAUAAUAUUAAGAUACUGGUUUCACUGAACUAAAUAUUUUGGUACAGCACUUUAUUACACAGUCCGCCCUAUUGUAGAUAGAUGUUACUAAAUGUGUCGAGUGGGUGAAAUAAUCGUUGAUCUUUGUAAUCGUCCAUAGACCCCUAGCCUAGAAUCAUCGCCACGCCUCCCCCCUCGCCUCUAACUGUCCAAGGAUCCUGCGCCUCCUCCUACCCCCUCGAAUCGUCUCACUGUAGAUGCCUUACUCACAGUGCCUAAAUGUACCACAUUUUUACCAUUUUGUACCAAAUUUGUAUAAUACGAUAGCAUUUAUGCUUCAAUAUUUUUCACAUCCUGGUAAUUGUAAGUCUUUUAAGAAAAUGUUGAAUUUUAUGACUGUAGUGUAAAGAUCGAUGUUCAUUGUAUGUAACCUCUGAUGUACAUAGAGCUCUCGGUCGCUGUUGGGCUAUCGCUAACCUAACUUAUUGACACAGUCAAACUGAUAUCGAAGACAAAGUGACGUUGUGAUUGUAACUGUAUAAAAUACUGUAAGUAAAGACCCACACUACAACAUUGAUGUUAACGAUCCUUAGAGUAAUCCUUCAAAUCACAAUAACAAAAUGUUAAUGUGUAGUUGUUAAAUUUGUACAGGGAUGUAAUCAGUUUUGAUGUUCUAAAGUCUGAACACAUAAGAAAUGUAUUUUCGCAUUGUAAAAUAAUAUACACGAUUAGUAUUUAACGAAGUAAUAUUUUAAUACCGGAGCAUAAUGAAUGUUGACCUGUAGGUAAGGACAUUCGUGUACGCCUCGUGUAAUGUUAGUGUUGUCGACGUGGUAAGAACACUGUUGCUCUCCUCUUCUGUCAGAUUCUAAAUUGUGUUGAUCGAAUUGAACUCUGGAUCGUUCGUUCCUAAUUCGUUCCUUUCUCUGAUGUUGAUGUACUUUGUUGGUUAAAAUUUGCUCAAUCAAUUGAUGGUGAAGCUAAAUUUUCAUAAAAAGUAUCUGUCUUUGUUAUCCAACCCUUGACGUAAAGGCGUUUGUGUUGUUGUAUUACCGAGUGUGUGAUUUAUACAUGUUACUGCAAAUUUUAUUGUAGUACUUAAAUAUUUGUUGCAUUCUAGCAAUUCAGAAAAAAUAGUUAUAUCACAAGUAUAUACAGAAGUCACACACUGUGGUGUUACCUAAAUACCUAUCAUAUACAUUGAUGCACUGAACAAAUUGUCCAAUAAUGAUUAUAACGUAUAUUAAAAGUAUGCAAUACAGUCCGAUGCUGACUUAGUGGUUAUAUUUGCACAAAUAGAAAUUAUUAUUUUGGUUAUCUCGAUGGGAAAGGGAUUAGUGAAGUUACUUUGUUUAUUUAAGGUAGACCAUAAAUCGUAAGGUUUGCCUGGCACGGCGCACCCUGCCAUCGAGGUAACCGACGUAAUGUUUCAAUCGAAGCUGGUAUUGGGAGCAUUAUUUCCGGGUUGUGAGGUUGCUAUCGGAAAUGCGUGCAAGAUUAAUUGUUAAUUAAAUAUUAUAUUAUAGUAUUCCUCUGAACGCACAACCUUGAUGCGCAUUAUUGUAAAUGGUUUGCUUGGUUUGUUUUGUAGUUGUACCUACUUUUAUGUAUGUUUUACUUGUAUAAUCAACUGUGUGCCAAUAGCAAAGAGCUUUCUUUUCAGUUAACAUAUAGGAUGUUCAUUGCAUUUAAAGAGAAUGUAGUCAUAAGUAUAAAGUACGUAUUCGAGAUCAGGUUCUGGUUUCGCGGCAGUAGAUAUAAUGGUCCUUAAGUUUCCGACGUCUUUGCUAUUGCUUCACAGCUAGUGACAACCCAGAUAGGAUAUAGGAAUUUAAUACAUAUCCUUAAUAAAUACUCAGUCGAUUUCACAUUAAGUCCUCCUUAACAUCAGUUGUGCAAUACAUAUGUAUCAAAAUGCUUAGGUAGGUAUUAGGUAUACUUUCGUUUGAAUUUACAAAAUAAUGCAAACUCUGUUGUAUUUUAUCGAUAUUUUUACUGAUAAUGGGAGGGUGGUCUUGAGUUUCUAGACUGCCCUCGGGGAUUUAAGUCAUAGUUGUAUAAUUAUUUUAAGAUAAGGCCGGGCCAAAUAUUGCAUUAAUUUAGGUCUUACGGCGCCUUUAUUUCUGUGUUGGGGCAGCCACCUCUGCCUUUGUAUAAAUCGUACGAUGAUAAACAACUCAGUGGAAGAAUGAGAUAUUAAUGUUUGUCGACAGUGUUAGAAAAUUGUUAUAAAUUAUUUUGAUGACUGUUUGAAGGAUAAUAAAGAGUUGGAUGUCAA